AACAACUGGGCCACCGAUGUUCUCGAGGAAACGGCGCGCGCCAUGUCCGGAAACAACACCGCCCGCCUCCAACACCUCAUGUGGAUGCUCAACGAGCUCGCCUCCCCCUACGGCGACACCGACCAAAAGCUCGCCUCCUACUUCCUCCAGGCCCUCUUUGCCCGCAUGACCGGGUCGGGCGACCGGACUUACCGGUCCCUUCUGUCCGCCUCCGAGCGGGCCUCCUCCUUUGAGUCCACUCGGAGGACGGUCCUCAAGUUCCAAGAAGUCAGCCCUUGGACCACAUUCGGCCACGUGGCGUGCAACGGCGCCAUCAUGGAGGCCUUCGAAGGCGAGAGGAACUUGCACGUUGUUGACAUCAGCAACACGUUCUGCACCCAGUGGCCGACGUUCCUAGAAGCCCUGGCCACCCGCCAGGACGAAACUCCCCGUCUCCGCCUCACCGUGGUGGUCGUAGCCGGCGGCGGGGCGGCGAAGGUGAUGAAGGAGAUCGGGAGCAGGAUGGAGAAGUUCGGCAGGCUCAUGGGAGUCCCGUUCAAGUUUAACGCCGUUCACCACGACGGCGAUCUCUCCGAGCUGGACCUAACGGCGUUGGACGUCAGAGAUGACGAGGCGCUCGCGAUCAACUCCGUCGGAGCGCUGCACUCCGUGGCGGCGGUGAACGGCCGCCGGGACUACCUCGUAUCUCUCUUCAAGCGGCUGCAGCCGAGGAUCCUCACGGUGGUGGAGGAAGAAGCUGACGUGGAGGGCUUCGACUUCGUCAAGGAUUUCAGGGAAUGCGUGAGGUGGUUUAGGGUUUACUUCGAGUCGCUGGACGAGUGCUUCCACAAGACGAGCAACGAGCGUUUGAUGCUCGAGAGACAAGCGGGGCGGGCAAUCGUUGACCUGGUCGCCUGCCUGCCCGCGCAGUCGGUGGAGCGGCGGGAGACGGGGGAGAGGUGGUCCCGCCGCCUCCAUGCAAGAGGGUUUAGUCCGGUACCGUACAGCGAGGAGGUUUGUGAGGACGUUCGGGCGCUGCUGAGGAGGUACAGAGAGGGCUGGACGAUGGGACACUGCUCUUCCGCCGGAAUAUUCUUGUCGUGGAAGGAUCAGCCGGUGGUGUGGGCCAGUGCAUGGAGGCCUUGACCGCCGGCGGAUUAGGUUGAAGUGUGGAGGAAUCGUUUGACUCGUCACGUGAGGUAAUUAGUGAUACGGACACAAUUGGUCCUCAUGCGGGAAACGUUG